AUGGCCUCUCCUAGGAGGUUUCAGACCCUCGUCCCGCUGAAGCACAAACAGGAUACCUUAUUUGAGGUGGCCGGAGACUCCAAGUUGCCCAAGUGGUUCCAUGUCGAGUACCUGGAUGACCCGAGAACAAUACACGUGGAUCCUUGGCUGGUGGAAGCGAUAUUCGGCCGGAACGGAGAGUACAUCCCACACGUCGAGUGCAUGACCCACACCCUGAUUCACGUGAACCUGCGGGACCCUGCAGAGAAGGCCGAGAUUUUGAUAUUCGGGUCUCCUGAUUACCAGAAGGACGUUUCCCAGAUGGUCUUGAACUUGGUUGACUAUUUCCAGAAGCAAGCGGCGCAGAGUAGGUGUGGGCUUGGGGGUAGGUGGGUACGGAAAGCGAGCCAGGGCCAUUCCUUACACUGCUCUUCUCCCACUUCAGAGAGGGCUCAGAGGGCUGAGGCCCAGCCGGCUCCUGCGGAGGUCCCUGCCGCCGCCAGGCUGCGGGCUCCGGUGCAGGUCCGUGAGGUCACCACGCAGCCGGACCCCGUGCAGGUCCGUGAGGUCACCACCCAGCCGGAUCGGGUGCAGGUUCGUGAGGUCGCCACGCAGCCGGAUCCGGUGGAGGUCCGUGAGGCCGCCACCCAGCCUGACCCCGAGGAGGUCUGUGAGGUCACCACCCAGCCUGACCCCGUGGAGGUCUGUGAGGUCACCACCCAGCCUGACCCCGUGGAGGUCCGUGAGGUCGCCACGCAGCCGGAUCCGGUGGAGGUCCGUGAGGCCGCCACGCAGCCGGAUCCGGUGGAGGUCCGUGAGGUCGCCACGCAGCCGGAUCCGGUGGAGGUCCGUGAGGUCGCCACCCAGCCUGACCCCAUGGAGGCCUGUGAGGUCGCCACGCAGCCCGACCCCAUGCAGGCCUGUGAGGUCACCACCCAGCCCGACCCCGUGCAGGUCUGUGAGGUCACCACCCAGCCUGACCCCAUGGAGGCCUGUGAGGUCGCCACGCAGCCCGACCCCGUGCAGGCCUGUGAGGUCGCCACGCAGCCGGACCCGGUGGAGGCUGGUGAAACCGUCACCCAGACCCCUGCAGGGGAGGUCCGCCAGAAUGUGACUGUGCAUUGAAGUCCAGGAGGCUCCCACCCAGCAUUGCACAGGCCUCUGAGGUCCCAACUCGGGAAGUUUCUGAGGCUCUGUCCCAGAGGUUUCCUGAGGCUGCUCUUGGGGGUGGGAGGUGCGGGGCCACCCAGAGUUCUUCAGUUUUGGUUCACGAGACUGGAGCGCAGCAGUCUUUGGACAGAGAUGUUGGAAUUGAGCUGCCUGGGAACCAGUUACCAGGUUAUAGUCCUCGGAUCCAGGCGUGAGGCAGCACAAAUGUGGUACACACCCGCCAAUUCACCUGGGGGCAGAGGGCUAGCCUGGGCUGUGAGUGGGGGCAGUUGUCUUUAACCCCUGGCUGUCUAAGUCUCUGGACAUCAUUUCUGGUUGUUUUCUGCCCUGGAAAUUGGGAAGCCUGGCGUUAGGGCCGUCUCUAGUUUUUCCUUGUUAAAUGUUUGUAAGCACAAUUGGAAGUGUUCCAAUAAAGAAUUGCACCC